UUUUCCUCGGAAAACGCGUCGUUGCACCACCGAUCUAGCCACCACUGGCUCAGUUAGCAACAAACAAAAGAAUGCGUUUUUCUUUUAGGUUUUUCGCACGACGCUGAGCUUUUUGGCCUCUUUUGCGGCUUAUUUCUUUUCAUUUUUGAAAAAAUUAGUUACACUACCCACGAGAUUAAGUUUUCGUUACUAAAGGCCUACAAAGGAACAACAUGAUGUGUACGAACGCUUCAGAGGAAUUUUCCGACUCCAAGGAACUAACUGAGAAAUCUGAUGAGUUUGGGGAACUUGUGAUCUUUGAAGGAAGCGCCAAAAUGGAGCCUUCGGAAGCCUUGGAGGACGGCUUAUUGGCCGAUCCUGACAAAUGCGGCAUGUGUGGUGGACCACUUGUGGUGUCUCGAAUGCUGCACUGUUUGCACUCCUUCUGCGAAGAGUGUCUCGAUAAGAAACUGGUGGGAGAAGGGGGCGACGCUGGCAGUCCUGAAGCCUCGAUUGAGUGCCCCACUUGUGGACAUCACACCAAGGUUGGGAUGAGAAAGAUGGCCGCUCUUCCUCUCGACGUGACCAAGACCAACAUUUCGGACGUGUCAAAUGCGUCAAGUUUGCAUUGCACCUCAUGCACUGCCAAAGAGUUGGCGAAAUCGCGUUGCAACACCUGUCAUAAUCUCUUGUGCAACCACUGUGAUUCAGCGCAUCAUUAUAUGCGUUGUUUUGAAUCGCAUCAAGUGGUGGCCUUGGAAGAUAUGCGCAAAGAUGGUGUCAAGAUAACCAUUCAUAAGCCGUUGGAAUGCGAUAUUCACCACGGGGAGAAUUUAAUCUAUUACUGUAACAGUUGCAGUUCGACGGCUUGCAGUGAAUGCGUUAAAAAUGAGCACAAAGGUGCAGAGCAUCAUGUCGAAGGUAUAGCCGAUUCCGAAAUGAGAGUUAGACAAGAGAUGAAGGCAUUGUUGUCUGAAAGCAAAAACAAAAUCGAUGAGCUGAUGAAACUGUCGACUGGAUUGGAUAGUAGUUUGCAGGAGUUGGCGAAUCAGCGGUCGACAGCACGUGACCUCAUCAAUGAAUCGUAUCAGAGUUACAAGGCGAUUUUGGAGAAAUGUAGAGAUGAAGCGUUGGCCAAACUGAACGAGCUUUAUCACGAAAGGGAGUUGAUAAUAAUGAAAGAAAACGACGAAGUUGGAAAAACUAUCGGUAAUUUCGAAGAUGCAAGAUCUUACACUUCGCGUCUUUUGGAAAUUUCUACCGUUCCUGAAAUAAUGUACCUGAGAAAAACAGUUGCUGAUCGUCUAAUGGAACUCAACAACAAUACGCCGAAAUUCAACGAGACAUUUCACGUUGAAUUUCGCACCGAUUUUGGGGCUUUCGAAACGAUGGUCAAGGAGCAUUUUGGUGAUUUUCGUACGGAAAAAUCGAGAGAACCGAGUCCAAUGACGGCACUAACACCAUUGGCUAUCACCCAGCCGCUUACCAAUGGUUGCAAUGCUUCAAUCACCAAUAGCAGUCCGAUUUCUUUACCCACUUCGAUGCAGUCGUCAUUUGACGGAGAUGUCAGCGGCAACAUGCAGAAUUUCGCUUUGGCGCAGAGUCCACCUUUGCCUCAGGUGAAUAAAGCCGCUGCUGCCGCCUCCGGUAUGGCGGGCUUUUCUAGUAUUGCUGAAUAUAAUAUUGCUCAGUUGGCGACACUGGCUGAGACUUCGAAUAGUGCGGCGACUUCACCCACGCCACCCUUUAAUCUGGCCGAUAUACUCACCAGCGACACUGCCUACAAGAAUCUUGCUUCACUUGCCAAGCUCGGACUGAACGCGGAUAAUCCGAUUACCAACGGGACGAUGAUAGUCCGUUCUACAUCGCCCGCAUCUCUCAACUUGACCAACAGUUUAAUCAAUGGAUUUAGUGGAGUUUCAUCCUCUACAUCUCCUUUGUUGUCCACUCCUGAUGACAUUAUGUCUGAUCCCAUGUCAAAUAUUCUUCCAGCACCUACUCCAAAUCCUAAUGGUACCCACACCCGUUCAAAUAAAGUCAGUCCUAUGCAAAUCCGCAACAAAUUUGGUCAACUUGGUCCUAAUAAAGGGCAGUUCAACUCACCCCAUGGUUUCUGCCUUGGUCUAGAAGAAGAUAUCAUUGUUGCCGACACAAAUAAUCAUCGCAUACAAAUAUUUGACAAGUCUGGAGGUUUCAAAUUUCAAUUUGGAACUUCAGGUAAGGAUGAGGGACAGUUGUGGUAUCCGAGGAAAGUGGCAGUGAUGCGCACCACUGGAAAAUAUGUCGUAUGCGAUCGCGGAAAUGAACGUUCUCGUAUGCAAAUUUUUACGAAAAACGGUCAUUUUUUGAAGAAGAUUGCCAUCAGAUAUAUUGAUAUUGUAGCAGGGCUUGCGGUGACUGGACAUGGGGAGAUUGUUGCUGUUGAUAGUGUCAGUCCGACUGUAUUUAUUAUCAGCGAGAGUGGUGAACUGAUACGUUGGUUCGAUUGUAGCGAUUUUAUGAGAGAACCUUCCGAUAUUGCUAUUCAUGGAAAAGAAUUUUAUGUUUGCGACUUCAAGGGUCACAACGUGGUUGUUUUCAGCGAUGAGGGGCAUUUUUUGAGACGAAUUGGUUGCGAAAGUAUUACCAAUUUUCCAAAUGGUAUUGAUAUCUCUGAUGCUGGGGAUGUCUUAAUUGGUGAUUCGCAUGGAAAUCGUUUCCACGUUGCUGUAUUUUCACGCGAUGGGUCUCUCAUUUCUGAAUUUGAAUGCCCAUAUGUUAAGGUGUCUCGUUGCUGCGGCUUGAAGAUCACCUCCGAGGGUUAUGUCGUGACUUUGGCCAAGAACAACCAUCAUGUUCUCGUGUUGAACACGCUGUACAUCCUGUAGAGUCCCAAAGCAAGUAGUUUUGAUCUCGCACUGUACACAAUGUCGACAAGAUCUUCGUGAUGUUUGGUUGGUUUGAUAAGAUUUUGAGCAAAAUUUAUAAAGCAGCAGUUCUCUAUUACCUGCCUCGUUUUUAAUAAAUUAAACAAAUCAGUUGAGCUGUGGCAUUUAAGAAGUUUUUGAUAGAACUAUUUUUGAUGUGAACGAAUCGCACAACGUGGAAUUAUUUAAUUCAAGAUUACGUUCGUGCGGUUCGUAUAUUCUGUAACAAUCAACUGUCAAAAAAUACAAAAAAAAAUAUGACCGAUUUCUAGCGGUCUAUGUGUACCUAUAUUGUAAUUAAUAGCACUCUUGUUUCUCUGCUUAACCUUCCACUAAUGAUAAUAAAAGAAAGUUCAUCGUAAAUUCAGAGUAGCACAUCGUAAAAUAAAGAGUAAUAAUGUUGCUUUGUCCCGUUUACAAUCGAUACUUAUACCGCAUAUACACUUUUAUCUUAUUGUAAUAUUAUAUGAUGUGUAUUAUAUUCCAAGUGAUUUUGUAGUCGUUUAUGGACAUUUGAUAUAGAAUAUUUUCCAUUAUUCUAAAAUUCAUGCCUCUGAACAGUCUGUACUAAAAUUUAUUAUAUUAUAUUUGUUGCACUCUAUGGUUAUUCAGGGUUACAAGAGCUAUGUGAGCUCGUAUUUUUGGAACUGUUUUUUAUUUAAAUUGUACUGAGGUUGUUUUUAAUUUGUAAGUUAUAUUAUUGGUUUUUGAAUAAAUAUAAUCCAAGAAGUUGA